UAGCGGACAAUAUCGAGUAGCGGUCAAUGUACUGAGUGGUAUAUUGGUAAGUGUAUAUAUGUGUACGUAGUCUGUUGUCGAAAAUAAUUCCUUUGCUUCCUCUACAGACUUCUGAGAUAACAACAGAUCUUUAGUUUUAGACGUUAAUUUUAUUUAGCUUCUUUUACAUCUCUGACACUCUAUUUUGAAAGGUUUCAUCAUACCACGAGUAGUAAGCGAUUAGGGACUGUGUGCAAAUUCACAACCGUUUGUCGAACGUUGGCGUACAAGGAGACGUAAUGUAAUAGGUUUUAAACAAUUCGUCUUGUUUAUUUAAACGUGAAUAGCCAUUAUAUUGUAUGUCGCUUUGCCUAAGUUGCUACGAAUAAGAAUUAUUGAGAGCUUUCGGAUUGAGACUUGAUUCAGCGUAGACCUUUUUUUAGACGCUCCCUUAAUACCGAAGGUUAUGUAGUCUUUUGUUUUUAAUUUUAGCUCCCUUUAGUUCGGUUUGUACUGGCCAGUUUCGGGAAGUUAGUUUCUCCACUAUGUUAAACCGCUUGAUGGAAACAUCAAACGUGGAAGACCUCGAUGAUCUGAAUCGCUUUGGAAACUGAAGACUUUAUAAAGUACAGCUGGUGUCAUGGCAGAAGAAAGUUCUAGCGUUAGAGCUGGUUGGGUGAGGGGCAGCGGCAGGGUGCAGCUCCACACACAGCUCCACACACAGCUCCGGGGCGCACGCGCGCGUGGAGGAAGAGGAGGAGGAUUGUUCGAGCUCAUAGACAGCGACGAAGACGUCCAGUUUGACACUUCAGACUCCGAUAAUAACCGUGAGGUGCUAAUGGCCGGAGGACAGUAUCCAUCCAUUCAGGAGUUUGCCUCUGCCAUCCCUAACCACCUGCUGCUGGGGUCACUGCUCGAACACUUGUGCUUUGUGUACGAGAGAGACCCUGCUCAGUCUCGCAUGCUGUUUAAGGUGAUUGGUCAGCGACUAGCAGCAAUGAACCUGCUCUCUCCGUUGGCCGUCAGCGACGAGUUCAGUACAGUGAGACUGCAGCACAGCCGGGCCUUCGCUGAGCUCCUGCAUGCAGCCAGCUCCUCCCUGUUUCCUCAGAAUCAAAGCUACCUAAAUGUUGAUGUCUCAAACCCAGUGCUAAGAACAAAAAGUGGUCUUUUCCAAACCUCUCGCUACCUCACUGAAUUUGAAGAAAUCUCACCACUGGGAAAAGGAUCAUACGGAAAAGUCUUUAAGGUGAAAAACAAGUUGGAUGGACAGGAUUACGCUAUAAAAAAGAUCCUGAUCAAGAAUGUAACAAGGAACGAUUGCAUGAAGGUUUUACGGGAGGUUAAAGUUCUGUCCAGUCUUCAGCAUCUGAACAUCGUUGGCUAUCACACUGCAUGGAUGGAGCAUGUGCAGCCUGCUGUGAAGAAUUGUACACCAACCCUUCUGUCUGCCACACCAGCUUUAGAAACACUGUCGCAAACAGAAAGACUUGAUGAGGAGAGCAACAGUAGCACCAAUGGAUCGUCCAUUGUUUUUGAAAACUCUGAAUGCUCAAAGGACAGAAAAGGACAGUCUAUUAACAUGCAAAUUAAUAGCUCAAAUGAUGUUCUAACAUCUGCCGUGGCAAAAGAGCAGAAGAGUCAGGUUCUGUCCACAAACUUUGUCCCGUGUGUGUUCCUGGGAGAGCCACGCUCUGUUAGGGAGACCUGCCCUGCACUUUGCUGGGAAAGUUCAACACUGUCAGAGGAGUCAUAUGUUGAUAUGAGCAGUCAGCAUUUGGCUGAAAAACAUCCAAAGGAGGUUCAGUUCCACUUAAUGCUUUACAUCCAAAUGCAGCUGUGUGAGCGCUCAUUAAAAGAGUGGAUUCAGGAAAGGAACUCCAAGACAGACCUCACAAAGUCAACAGGUUCCUUGAAUUCAUUUGACCCUCAACAAGCAUCUCGUAUCUUAAAGAAAAUACUUGAAGGGGUGGAGUAUAUUCACUCCCGUGGAAUUAUGCACCGAGACCUGAAGCCAAGGAAUAUUUUCCUGCAAGGGCAUGAGUGCCAUGUAAAAAUAGGUGACUUUGGAUUGGCUUGUACAGAUAUUGUGAUGAAUGAAAACGAACAGCUGCCUUCCAGUUCUCAUGUAAAUGGAAACACAGAGUCCUCUCACACUACAGGAGUGGGCACAUUUGUUUAUGCUUCUCCAGAACAACUGCAGUGCUCUCAUUAUGACUCAAAGUCUGAUAUAUAUAGUGUUGGGGUGAUCGCCGUUGAGUUGUUCCAGCCGUUUGGGACAGAGAUGGAACGUGUGCAAACACUCGGAGAUUUGAGAAAUGGGAAGCUUCCAGAUGAACUGUGUAAGAACUCGCCAGCCCUGUCUGAGCAAAUUAAACUGCUGACCAGCUUGGACCCCACACUGCGACCAAGUGCUUCCCAACUACUGCAAAGUGAUCUCUUUAACAGCAAAGACAUGGUAAUCCAUAACUUACAACAGAGGAUUACUGAGCAAGAAGAAGAAAUCAUUCAACUCAGAAGACAGAUCAGUAAGCUACAAACUUCACAAAAUGGACCAGAGAAGUCAUCACUAUAAUAACUACUGAAUAUCCAGUUGUUAUGAGACUCUGGCAUAUUAUGUGUAUAGUUUUUCCUUUAUUUAUUUUUGGGACAUGUUCCAGUGUAUGUGUAAGUCAACUUUGCCAGACAAAUAAUAAAUAAAUAAGUAACCAUUCAGGUGAAUAUUAGACACAGAACACAUGUAUUUCUGGGAACAAUUUUUCUUCUGUCUUAAAAAACAUUAAAGAAUCUUAUAUUUCAGUGAUGGAUUGAUAUUUUUGGUUUGCACGUUGGGGAAAUUGGUGUUGUGUAUAUUGUUAAACUUCCUGAGCUCAUGGUCAGUGUGACCAGAUUAUUUACCUGUAAACAAGAUAAAAAGAUACGAAAUACAAAGGCAUGGCUUGUACUUUGCAGAUGCCUCUGUGGGCAUUCGCUCCAAAAGCAGGCUAAGAAUAUUUCUUUGCCUAAAGUUUAAAACAUGAAAAAUGGAUUCAUGCUUUUGAUGCAAAAUUCUGACUCCACCAACUCCAAGAUUUAUCAGGCUAGACUUUUCCAGUCUUCAACUGUGCAGAUUUGGUAAGUGCCCACUGCAGCUUUCUAUUCUUGGCUAACAGAAGUGGAAACCCACUGUAAUCAUCUUCUGUUGAAGCCCAACUACCUUAUGGUUUGACGUGCAUUCUGAGAUGCUUUUUUGCUCACCACAAUUUGCAGAGUCUGAUUAUCUGGUGUCUGAGUGGUUAUCUAACCCUAACCUUGUAGCCUUUCUUUCACCUCAAACCUGCACAAUCUCUGCUGACUUCUCUCAUCAACAAGGCGACCGCAGAACUGAUGCUCACUGGAUGUCUUUUCUUUAUUGCACCGUCCCGGGUCAACUCUAGACACUGUUGUGUGUGUGAAAAUCCCAGGAGAUCAGCAGUUAUAAAAUGAUUCAAACCAACAAUCACGCCACUAAAUCACAUUUCCCCUCAUUCUGAUGGCGUGAACGUUACCUAAAGCUGUAUCUGCAUUGACUUUCCUAAUAAUGGGAAAUAAUAAAUAAUUUUGUUACUAAUAAAGUGAGUGCACAUUGCCAUUCAGGUUGUUUGAAAAUGUUUAUUUACUAUCAGAUGAGGCUUUGUUGAAAUUCUUCUUCAGCUUUUAGCUCAUUGACUAAAAUCUAAAAACCUACAGUACAGUACUGUAUAUACAGGUCGGGCAUUAGUAUUAGAUAUCGCGAGAUGAUCAACCCGCUGUUUGCGAUCACGUUGACGCAUGCGUACUAGGCGUCGCCUCGUUCCAAUGCACGUGAGCGUUUAAAGGAUGCUUGUUAUUGCGUUGCCAUGGUGAUCGCGUUUACACACUUCUCCACGCGCCGAGCACGACGACAAGGUAAGGAGCGGCGAGAAAGUAAAUGAUUAAAAAUACUUAGAUUAGCCUAGCGUUUCCGGUUACCAAACGGUUUAAAGUACGUUUCUAGUCUGUAGAGAGAAAGUUUUGAUACUUUAAGUAUUUACGGUUCAUGUUUCGUUUUCCGGUUGCUAAACGGUUUACGCUACGUUACUUCAUUUCGAGUCUGUAAAGCUACCUGGGAAAGGUUUGAUACUUUAAGUGUAUACGUUUAAUAUACAUAUAUAUAUAUAUAUAUCUACUUAAAAAAGCCUUAACUAGCUAUUGUCGCUGUUGAUCUGUUUCCCAUUACCAUCUUGAUCGGCUUUCCACGCGCCGACUAAACCGACAAGCUAUUCCAGAAUUUCCAACUGAUUGAACUAGAAACGCUAUUCCAGAAUUUCCAACUGAUUGAACUAGAAACGGUGAUCCAGAAUUUCCAACUGAUUGAACUAGAAACGGUAAUUAUUAUUUUUAUUAUUAUUAUUAUUAUUAUUAUUAUUAU